AUUCCGACCCUGCAGCAAAAUUCGAUCGAAUAACAACUGACUUUACACUCUCAACGCAUUCUCGCUUUGACUUUAAUACCAGCAUUUAUUAACCUGCUAAAAAAUAGUUUCCCAGAAAACCACACAUUUAUUUUAAUUCCUACACCUCAACAUUAUUAUAUUUUACUCAGCCAAGUUGUUCUCGUUUUUAAUAUAUAUAACUAAUACGAAUCGAGUUGUUCUUCGUUCUUUAAGAAAGAUUACGAUUGUUAGUUGAGCACUUUUUCGCAGUACUUGUCAACUUGUUAAGAAAGAAAAGAUGUAACGGACGAGCUUCAUCAAGUAAUUCAAAAAUAAAUAAUCGUAAACGGCUAAAGUGCGCAACAUUAAAUCGCAUUAUACACCAUCAGCAACCUUACUAAAUAGCAAUUGUGCCCUAAUAAAAAAAUCUCGCAUGGAAAUGUGAGCUAAUCUCGUCCAACAUGGAUCGGUAACACCCAAAUAAAUUCUUGACGGGCAGGGGAAGGAAGGGGGCAACGGACGCCAAGAUGCGCCGGUUUUAUGACGAACCCAAUCCGUUGGUCUUUUCCAUUUUACUCUUUCUCCUCUUGGUUCACACCGCGACACAGGAAAACCAAUAUCGUGGCUUAGGAGGACAAACAAACGCCUCAAAUAAUAAUUCCUCAACUAAUAAUGAGAUGUCAAGUGGUCUAGCCUCCUCCACCACUGGAAAUAAUAAUUUCAUCCUUUUCGACUGUCUUCCAACAUGCCAGUGCGAUUACAAGAUACCAAAUCAGCGAUUGGAGAUCAAUUGUCAGAUUCAAUCGUUGCCUAUAUACAACACGGAUGUCGUGGGAGGAGCCCCUAUAAGAGAUGAACAACAACUCAGCUUGGGCGAUGGAGUACGGACUCUAGUAUUGCGAAAUAUGGUCCUAACAAACAAAUCCAGCUACAAAUCAAUCCCUUUGCUUUCUCCAAACACCUUGGUUAAACUGGAGCUGCACCAUGUGCACAUGGACGCGAUGGAAUUUUUAAACUCGGCCCUGUUCGAAAGCUCCAAAAAUAGUCUAAAACAUGUGUUUAUUUUCCAAAGCUCUACAAUUAGCACUGACAUUUUCUCAACGGGCUACACUGAAAAGUUGAACGCCUUUUCAAGACUCGAGAAUUUAGAUAGCCUUACCGUUUGUGAUAGUAACCCUUCCCUCUCCCAUGUGAUUCUCCACUGUCUACCUGACCUCAAACAUCUUCACGUAUCAAAUAGUUCAGCCUCAACGGUGUACUACACCUCCUUCUCCCAUCUCAACUCUCUCCAGUCCUUAAAUCUCUCCCAAAACCACAUCACCACCAUUCCUAACGGUCUUUUUGACAAUCUGAAGAGUUUAAAAUCUCUGGACAUCUCAUACAAUCGUCUCACACAUCUCCAGGAGGAUGUGUUCCUGGGACUGGGGUCACUUCGAAAAUUGGACUUGAGCCAUAACAAGAUCCAAUAUGUGGACGCUGAAGUCUUCACACAUUUACAAGAUCUCCAAACCAUCAAUCUUAGCAACAAUGAAGUUAUUCAAUUCUUUGAGCCAUAUUUCAAGCACAAUGACAAUCUGCGGGUGAUAAACAUGUCAAAUGCUUGGGUCUCGGAUACAUUCAUCAACGAAAACGCCAAUCGUUCCUACAGGGAGAUGGAAGGACUGAUCAGCACUUUGCAAGUCGUAGAAGUGCUUGACCUUAGUGAUAAUCAAAUGAUGAUCAUUCCUGAAACGCUUUCUCAUGUUCAACGACUCACACAUGUCCAUCUGAAUGGCAACCCCUGGUCAUGCACAUGUGACGAGAGGUGGUUCUCAGAUUGGAUUGCCACGUCAAACGUUUCAAUUGGGAAAGAUAACUCUGCGAAAGACACUUUCUGUACCCCAAAUGGAGGUGCAUAUCGAUACCCCUUAGUCGAAUAUAUUGAAAGUCUGAGAAAAACCUGCUUAGGUUCCGAGAUUACGGCACGCUAUGCAUUUAAGUAUUAUGCCGUCAUGGGAAAAGACAAGUUACUGAGCUGUCAUUCAAGGACGACAGCAAUGCCUACAAUCACAUGGAUUACGCCUUCAAAGAACAGAAUCACGGUAACUGCUAAUUACACAUCAGUGCACCAAGAAAAGAAGAAUAAUAAUAAUGAAGAAGAUGAUGAUGAUGACGGUGAUAAUCACGAACUUUUGGAACCCUCAAUAUAUCCUGAUGGAGCUCUGCUUUUGCAUAAUGUGGAAGGACCCGACUACGGUUUAUAUUUAUGCAUUGCCACAUAUGACGACUUGAACAUUACUCAUUAUGUUCACGUGGGCAUGGAUGUUUCAAUUUUCGAGGACGUUAGACUUAUGAGCCUCGUCGUUGGACUGAUCUCAAGUUUUGGGUUCCUAUUCUUGGUUCUACUGGCACAGCUCAUACGAUUCUUGCUUUUAAGGUCUGGACUUCAUUGCAUUGCUGUACGAACGGCAAAUCAAGCGAGGAGAGUUCGAGCUUUCUUUGAUUCAAUGGAACAGAAUAAAAAUAGUCAACUGGAUUGGUUGCGACAGAACUACAACAUGCAGUCCAAGAAAAUCCAAGAUAAUUGUAUCUCUCAGUUGGAACGAAUAAGAGAGAGUUAUACAAACCAAACAAAGAACUUGUCUGAAUUCCGAGAUUACAGUGCCCAACAACUUACUACAAUGAGGGAUCAGUAUCAAGACCAGAUUCGUAAAGUCGCAUCCUAUUCUGCUCACCGAUUAGGCAAAGUACGAGAGAACUACGUCUUCAAUCGAAAUAGAGUUGGAAAGUUUAGUAGUCAUCAACUUAUCCGCUUAAGGGAAGCUUACAAAUGGCAAGCUCAGACACUAAAUAAGAUUCUUGAGAAUCUACCACAAGGUCUCAACUUGGACUCAUGUCGUGGAGUGGGGGCAUGUGUGGAUGAAGAUUCGGAAGAUUUUAUUGGACAUUCCUCAACCAGAUCCUCCGUACGGCUCCAGUCUUCUUCAGGAGAAGAGCAUGUAUCAGUAGGAGGAGGAGGAGAGGAUAAACACAAUGAGCAUAUCUCACUCCUCAUUCCCCCAGAAUUCUUGGCUUCUUACUUAAUCCCCCCAAUUCCUAACUUUAAUUUAGACGAACAAGUCACACUCAUGGUUGACGUCUCGAAUAGCAGAAGAGAUUUGGACAAACUUCUAGUUCAUAAGAAGGGGUCUGCAUACGACCGAGAACAAAAUGGUCAUUGUAGUAAGACUUGUGAUGUUGAGUGUCAUUCGAACCUUCCGUUUGCUGAUGACGAUGUUUAAAUUGUUCCGCAUUUGUUUAUUGUUUUUGUAAGUAAGAAUUCCUGUUCCGAGAAAUAAAAAAAAACUAACUAAAAAUCCCCAUGCCAUAAUAAUAAACUCAAUCAAUGAUAAAUGGAAUGGAAUAAUGGAAUACUUUUAAAUUUUAACAACCAAAAUAUAAUUAUUAGAUUGAUGCCUACAAUCAGUUGCAACAUUGGAAAGAUUUGAAUAUUUUAAAAUGAUUCAAAAUAGUCUUUUCUGUCUUAUUAUUUACACACCAAUCAAAUACCCUCAACAACAUUAACGAAAGGCAAUAUCCUACUGAAUAUAAUUACUAAGUGUCGUAUUAAGACUUGUCCUGGCAAUAUAUCCUUUACAAACUCCCCGCACAACAAUAUUUUAGGUAGGUCUUUGACCCAAGUUCAACAGAUCAAAUAAUAAUGUAAUGUAGCAUCAUUCCCAUUUUUUAACCAUCAGUUAUAUUUAAUAAUAUAGAUUGGAAGUCUCAAUAAAUCUCAGCUCAACUCAACAAAUUGCAUGAAUAUGAGUAGCUAAAAAAAACUUGUCCAGGUUGAUUAGUAAUAUACCUAUAUUAUACAACAAUAUAAAGUUUUUAAGGAUUUUUGUGAUGUUGUGUGGUUCCUGGUAGACCCACACAUUUGACUAUGAUUCGUACUUAAUUUCUAGUCACAAACAGUACGAGAAUAUCGAAGCAAAAACUACGACUCCAAUGCGUGCGAUAAAAAUCUAAGUAUUGACGCAAGAACGGUAGCAAGUCGUGUAUCGUCUUUAGUUUAUAAAGAAACUGUAUCAUAUUAACGAGUUAACUAAAUUGGAAAAACUAAAAAGUCGUGUAAUGAUUAAUUAGGUUGAAAAUUGUAUGAUCUUUCAUUCAAUAAAAAUGUUAAAAAAAUUA